GCCGGGCACACGUGUGUGACUUUGAGCUUACAGGUCAGGAAGCGGCAGAGAUGGACGGGUACGGGUCGGACUUUUCCUCUGGAUCCUCGGGCUCUGGCAAGGUUGAUACCGGGGCUAUCAUGGAGCAAGUCAAAGUCCAGAUUGCGGUGGCAAAUGCACAAGAACUACUGCAGAGGAUGACUGAUAAGUGUUUUCGAAAAUGUAUCGGGAAACCUGGAAGCUCCCUGGACAAUUCAGAACAGAAAUGCAUUGCAAUGUGUAUGGACAGAUACAUGGACGCUUGGAACACUGUCUCUCGAGCAUACAACUCCAGAUUGCAGCGUGAGAGUGCAAAGAUGUGACAUGGACCAGGGCAACAUACCUUUCAGGAUGAUGAACCUACCCCAACUGGGAGUAAACACUUUAAUUGCCAAGGUGCUGUCAAAUAGAAAUCUAACUUAGAAACCUGGAAAUGUAAAAGUGUUUUGGCAGCAAAAAGACUUUGGUUGUCAGAUAAUUGAUAAUGUUACUUAUCCCCCCAAGCUUGUCACUUAUUUCAUAUUAAAUUUGUUUGUUUUUUCUUUGUCCGCCUCAAGUUGCUCACUGAUCCCAAGUGUAUUGUUACCUCAUUUCUCAGCGUUAUUAAUACGUAGUGAGAUUGAGUUCAUUUCCAACAAAAAAAAAAAUAAAACACUUGGUGGAAUUCUUA